AUGGUGCGGAUUUCAAAGCCCAAGACGUUUCAGGCCUACCUGGAUGAUUGUCACCGGAGGUAUAGCUGUGCCCACUGCCGCGCUCACCUGGCCAACCACGACGACCUCAUCUCCAAGUCCUUCCAGGGCAGUCAGGGGCGUGCCUAUCUCUUCAACUCUGUGGUGAACGUGGGCUGCGGGCCAGCCGAGGAGCGGGUGCUGCUGACAGGUCUCCAUGCUGUCGCUGACAUCCACUGCGAGAACUGCAAGACCACUUUGGGCUGGAAAUAUGAACAGGCCUUUGAGAGCAGCCAGAAGUACAAAGAGGGGAAGUACAUCAUUGAACUCAACCACAUGAUCAAAGACAACGGCUGGGACUGA